CAAGAGUCUAAACAGUCUUAGCGCUAAUGAACCCUUCGCCUUGUUUGGAAUACGCUCGUCCUUUGCCAGAUUGAACCGGGAAAAUCUACAAUUCCCCGGAAUCACCGAACUAACUAGUCCAGACAGAGUAGGUCCCUGCACCAGAAUGAGGCACAUCGGACAUCUCGUCUGCCACGGUUGUAGAACCCCCUCGCUCAACCGGUCGCUCACGAUGCAACUUCACCCUGUUCUGGUGACACGCGACAAACGUGAUCAGUGGCAAUAUUUAUCUCGACAAGAUCCCAAAUUUCAUGGCACAACACCUAGGCUAUCUCUACCGGCCUUGCACAAUAGGGAAAGAGAUAUUUACAGAUGAAUCUGUCGCAAACUCUGAGUGCCCUCUUUGUGGGCCUGGCGGGGGUCCACGCAGCCAGCAACGCUGUGUCGCCUCUCGUCUCAUCUCCCGGUGACAUUGCCACCAUCCCAGGAUGGAGUCUCCAGUCUGGUACCCGUGUGUCAGAUGAUAUGUCUGGCCUGUCCCAGCCCGGUGUGGAUGUGUCGACCUGGCAUCGUGUCGGCCCGCGUGGAACCGUGAUGGCCGGCCUGCUUCAAGCUGGCGUGUUCAAUGAUACGGAGUUAUUCUUCUCAGACAACUUGAACCAACUGGCCUCGGAUCCUACUUUCCGUUCUCCAUGGCUGUACCGGGAGGAGUUCACUCUCACCCCGGGUGACAACCAAUACUUUACACUGCAUACACACGGGAUCACCUCGAAAGCCGAGAUCUACGUGAACGGUGAGCGGAUCGCGACCAGUAACGAGCAACAGGGAUCGUAUGGUGGUCAUAAAUACAACCUGACCGGCCAUGUCAAGGAUGGAACAAACUGUCUGCUCAUCAAAGCUUACCCGACGAACUAUCUAAGAGAUUUCGCCCUAGGCUUUGUUGACUGGAACCCCUAUCCUUCAGAUAACGGCACGGGGGUAUGGCGGAAUGUGGAGAUAUCUCAGACGGGCCCUGUCUCGAUGUCACCUUUUCGCGUGAUAACAGAUCUCACAAUGCCUGAUCAGAACCAGAAGGUUAACGUCACGCUGAAGACGGACCUGGUCAACCACUCGCAAAAGACUGUCCAAGUGUCCGUGAAUGGCACCAUCACCCCGCCACCAGGAUCAAAGGCUGGCCCCAUCACCCGAUCUUUGGAACUCAAGCCCGGUGAGAGCAGAACAGUCUCAAUCAAAGUCGGCGUUGAGAAUGCCUCGAUAUGGUGGCCCGCUCGCUGGGGUGCGCAGCCACUAUACACGGUACGAACAAACUUGCUUGUUCAUGACAGGACAAUGAACAUCUCGGACAAGACUCGGGCUCAACAGUUCGGUAUUCGACACGUAUCUUCAUACGUGAACCAGCACAACGAUACGGCCUUUGUCGUGAAUGGCCAGCCAUUCCAGGUGAUGGGAGCCGGCUAUGGGCCGGACAUGUUCUUGCGUUUUGAUGAGACCCGGCUGGAGAAGAUCUUCCGGUAUAUGCUUGACAUGGGAAUGAACACAGUUCGUCUGGAAGGCAAGCAGGAGCAUCCAGAGCUAUACGAGCUUGCUGAUCGAAUGGGUAUGAUGGUACUUGCCGGCUGGGAAUGCUGUGACAAGUGGGAGGGUUGGGAGUACAAUAACGACGCCCAGGGGGUCAAAUGGGGAGAAUCCGACUAUCCUAUUGCCCAAGCUGCAAUGCUUCACGAAGCAGAGAUGAUGCAAGCGCAUCCCUCUAUGCUGGGCUUCCUCGUAGGCUCAGACUAUUGGCCCAAUGACCGUGCCACGGAAGUCUACCUAGAUGCCUUGAAAGACAUGGACUGGAAAAAUCCCAUCAUCGCGUCUGCCAGUAAACGCGGGUACCCUGAAGCUCUGGGCCCCUCUGGAAUGAAAAUGGACGGCCCGUACGACUGGGUGCCCCCCAACUACUGGUAUGGCGACCAGGAAGGCGCUGCGUUCGGGUUCGGCUCCGAGCUUGGAGCGGGAGCUGGUACACCCGAGAUGGGCAGUCUGAAGAGAUUCAUGUCUGACAAAGACCUGGAAACUUUGUGGAAAGAGCCAGAUGCUAGCCUCUUUCACAUGUCCCGAUACGACUCGCAAUUCUUCGAUCGCUCCAUCUACAACAAGGCUCUUUUCGCUCGGUAUGGCAAGGCACAGAGUCUUGAAGACUAUAUCUUGAAAUGCCAGAUGGCCGAUUACGAAGCAACUCGGGCCCAGUACGAGGCAUACUCUGCCAAACAGAAUGCAUCUCGACCUGCGACCGGAUCUAUCUACUGGAUGCUGAACAGUGCCUGGCCGAACCUCCACUGGCAAUUAUUUGAUUACUAUCUGAGCCCAAUGGGGGCUUACUUUGGCACCAAAGUCGGCAAUCGCCUGGAGCACGUUGUAUACGACUACGAGUCUAGAAGUGUCUGGUUAAUCAACCAUUCCUUAGAUGUAACUGGUGACCGAGAAAUCUCCAUCGAUCUGAUCGACACUGACGGCAAGAAAAUCUCCGGCACCAAGGUCAAGACUACCACCGUGCCGAACUCGUCCAAGGAAAUCCAACAAGUAAGCGGCAUCGACAAGAUCAAGGAUAUUGCAUUCCUGCGCCUCGUCCUCCGCGACACCAAAGCAAAGCGAGACGUGAGCCACAACGUGUACUGGCUCUCUCCUAAAGUCGACGUACUCAACUGGGAUGAGUCAAACUGGUACACCACCCCGGUGACCGAUUAUACAGAUUACAAAAAGCUGGAAAAACUUCCCUCCGCAAAUGUCAAAGCCACCGUGAUAAGUGUAAAGGCCAAGGCCAAGGAUGGCUGGACAUACGUUGAUGUCCAACUGGAGAACAAGUCCAAGGUUCCCGCCGUGUUCCUGCGACUGAACGCGAUCAAGUCAUCUGAUGGUGCAGACGUUGCACCCGUCUUCUGGUCAGAUAAUUAUCUAACGCUGUGGCCUGAUGAGAAGCUUCGAGUGUCGCUUGGCUUUGAGGGGGAUAUCAAGCAGACGGUGAUUGAGCUGUCGGGUCGGAAUGUAAAGAAGCAAAGUUUGAAGAGCCUUAAAUGAAGGAGUGAAAUGGGAUAUUAUGUUCACGGGGAGAUUGACUUGCUAUAAAUAACUAACCUGGACUUGAGGUUAUGCAAUGGGCGCCGCAGCUGCUUCCUUGCUCAAGAAAUAUCUGCAAAUUCAUUGACGAUUUAAGAGUUCAACCUAGCUGAUGUAUGCAUAAAAUGAAAAUCAACAAAUCCAGAGGACCCAACCUCCAUAAUUAGGAAAAUAAUGCAAGUAUACAAUAUAGAAAAACACUAUCGAGCCAAUGUACGCAACGGAAGCCAGUGCCAAGGUCGCCCUCAACGGUCUGCAAAAGUCACGUCGCGGCCUGUAACAACCUCAGGACAUGCUCCAUUUUCGAGCCAGAGUAUUCAAUCCCAAGCACAGUAGGACUCUGCACAUUCUCCGAGUAGAGCAUAUGCAGUUUCUGCUUAGGCGUAUCACACAGCUCAGGUGCUUUAUGAAUAUCCGGGAACGAAAGCAACUCUUUCGUCGGGGCAGUAGCCCACAAAUAAUACAGCGAGAUGCUCUGCAAAGACUCGAAACUCUGGCUCAGCUCUUUCAGAACGGACAUCCAAUCUUGAUCCGGCGUCAAAGAUACAUGGUAUAGCGUCAGCGUUGUUAGACUUCCGCGCAGGCCGUGAAGCAGUUUCUUAAGGUCCGGCACUUGCACUGAAGUCCUGAAUAACGCCAGUUCCUGCAAGUGCGGUAAUGAGGCUGUCUCCGCUAGUUCAUGCAUGAAUUCGCUUGCCAGAUCGUGAGAGCCAAGGUUCAAUAAAAGAGUCUGGAGAUUAGGAGCACUGAGGACGAGUUCGAGGAGGAAUCCGAAAUUAUCAAGAGUGAGAUAUUGCUCCAGGGAUAAUUUCUGCAGAUUCGACCAGACCAUCUUAAACUCUGGCUGCCGAUAUAGAAGUUUCGGCAUGCGACGCAUAUCCAUGACCAACGUGCGAGAGUAUUUAUUCGCAUAGAUUAAAUGGAAGGAUGUUACAGGUAAUUGCGCAUCAACGACCAUCGCAAAGAACACCGCGACCGCAUCCGAGAUAGUGACACAGCUCAUAUCAGGAUGACCCUCGGGAUAUCGACAGAAAAUGAAAAAUGAUCGACAGUUUGUGAACUUGUUGACAAGAUUAUCGCGUAACCGACCGAUCGCUUCGAUCUCCAGGGGCGCAGACAAGGCACCCCAGGGAUAUCGGUCCCAAACUAGCCCGCGACCAACGCCGUUUUGCAGCAUAAAGGCGAGACCCUGGACGUAUGGGCGGAGUUCUUCAUGCCGAGAAAGCGCAUCGAUGCGACCGAGACUCUCUUCGGAAAGAUCCGUUUUGAUAGACGAGAAGAAGCGGCGCGCAAAGUGGUUGAAGGUCUUCUUCUGCAGAUCACGACAUGUCAGGCGCAAUCCCAGUAAUCCAUCACAUUCCAAAUAGCCCGCGAUGAGCUCGACGAGUUCGACUGCGAGUGAAGGAAAUGAUGAGUGGGGAGAGUGUGGAUGAGACAUCCUGCAGCAGGAGACCGUGUGCAGUGAAUAUAUACAGGGGCGAAGAUAUUCACGUUUUCCAACGUUUCUCGCGAGUUCCGGUCAUGAUGAGGAGACAAGAGGUGGGGGCGUGUGGAGCUUCCCCGGAUUUCAAGGAAUCAUCAAUCCAGUCGUUUACCCCUCACUUUGCGAGUGGCGGAACAAAGCACGAGUACACGCGGGACCGGCCGGAAGUAUCACUUGUCACUUUAGACCAAGUGCGGAGACAUCUGGGGAGAGAUCAGAGAUCCAACACGACUGAGUCUUCAUAUGGCCAAAUAGAUGUGAUGACCUGCGAUCAGGCUAGGGAAAUCUAUCGUAUACAGACGGCUCAUCGAGAAGCCACAAGGCAUAGAAGCUGAACAAUCCACGAAUACCUACCCAACGCCCGCUAAAAUGAAGGCGACACCGUGACACAACGAGUGCAACAAAGAACCAACCCGAAGAAUAUAAGAACAUCGUCAGUGCUCCAUGGACUCAGCAAAUGCCCUCCACAUCGUACAUCGAUCUAAUUGAUCUUGAGGAACCGGUUCCAUCUCCGUCGACCCCGUCUGGAUCUUCAGUCGUUGCCCGUACCCAAUACCCCAUGUCUUCCAGACGGGCGCAUCCACAUACUUAUACACAUUUGGAUCGAGCGCCUUGAUAAAGCUGAGAUAAUAGUUCAUCGUGAUGGGCACGAUCUUGGCGUUGAUAUUGGAGAAGGACUCCGAUGCUUGGUUGGUGUCUCCCAAUCCAAAGAUGGCCGGCAAUUCAAAAACAUGAGGCACUCCCAUACCUUUCGCAGUCUCCGUCGGAUCUUGGACGUUAAAUCGAUAAUUCCAUACUUUAUAGGAGGAGAAGUAUCGGGCCAUCAUGGAGGCCAUGUGGUUCCCGGGACAGGUAAAGGUCGACUCGCCGUAUGCCUGUGCGGCGGAUGGGAAGUAUGCUGCAUGUUUGGGAAGAGGAUCCGUCAAGGGGUACGACUGGUUGAUCUCAUCCAGGUCUUCAUCGCUGAGCCCAGGGUAAUUGUUCUUCAUGAAUUGGGCAACCUCCUCGGGACUGGAUGCGUUGUACCCAAAUGGGGUGCCUUCGUUGGUAUCAUCGGUGACCACCAGAGGCACAUGAAUGAACUUGUCCUGCAUGAACAAAUUAUACAGUCGAUCGGUGAUCAAAACCCCGUCCACCACGGGCAGGAAAUACCACAAUGGAGUCGGCGAGUCGCUUCCACCCGGGAAUGGCUUAUCAACGUCGUAAUUCAUGAUGGUCGUGAUAUCGACCGAGCGCAGACAGGCAAGCGUGUUGUCUGACCCGCCACAGCCAACGUCCUGCGCGAACCGCUCGUACUGAAAUUCCGUCUCGGCGACCGUGCGCUGCGUGGGCCAGAAGGUAGACUCCGCAACUGCGCCGACGAAGAGAUUCAUGUUGCGACCGUCGUAUGCAGUGAGAUGGUGAGCGACCGAGCCAGCUCCGGCCGAAUCACCGUGAAUUACCACAUGGCUAGGAUCGCCGCCGAAUUGACGAAUGUGCUGCUGCACCCAUGCGAGGACCUUACGCUGGUCCAGCAGACCCGCAUUGAGGUCGCCGUCUCUGCGGAUCUCCUCACUGGCAAGGAAUCCGAGGGCGCCGACACGAUAAUUGAAGUUGACGAAGAGGAUAUCGUAUCCAGAUUGCUUCACGACUUCACUCCCAUUGAAAUUGAAGUUUGCAUUGUCUGCGUACCCACCUCCCUGGAUGAACAACCAAACCGGGAGGUUGGAGUCGACCGUCGCAUUUGAAGGGCGCCAGAGAUUGACAAACAAGCAGUCCUCCCCCAGGGAAUCACUCGUUCGUUGACCCACGCCG